GAAGGAAGGAACCAACGACCUCAAACCAUCAUUAAAAUAGUGCUCUUUACUGCUACCUCUGUUUUCAUCUACUGCCAGCUGGUUGACUUUGACGCAAUAUGCCUUCAGAAAAAACCUUCAAACAAAGAAGGACGUUCGAACAGAGAGUAGAAGAUGUCAGACUGAUCCGAGAGCAGCACCCCAACAAGAUCCCUGUGAUCAUUGAGAGGUAUAAAGGAGAAAAACAGCUUCCCAUCCUGGACAAGACCAAGUUCCUGGUGCCAGACCACGUUAACAUGAGUGAACUCAUCAAGAUUAUCAGGAGGCGCCUCCAGCUAAAUUCUAACCAGGCUUUCUUCCUGCUGGUGAACGGCCACAGCAUGGUGUCUGUGUCGGCUGCCAUCUCUGAGGUCUAUGAACGGGAGCGGGACCAAGAUGGCUUCCUCUAUAUGGUGUAUGCCUCGCAGGAGACCUUUGGCGCUGCCACGACUGCCCAGUGAACAGCCUUCCUUCUUCUGGACAAUUGGUAGAUUUUAGUCCCUCCCCCUCCAUGUUUCUUGCCACACACCUUUAGUCUCAACUGUAACUAAACCACAAACUGCUAAACCUAAACACAGCAUAGUUUUUCGGCUUGAAUUGGUUCAGGUUGUGCUCUAUAUGAGCUAAUAGACUAUUUGUGUACCACCAUAUUGCCCCGGUAGCGUAAAGCCCUGAAAGACCUGAACUGCAGAGUUAAAAUAGAAAAAUCUGAUUCGGACUCAGGCCAAUAGGGUCAUUUAAUGUCUCUGCUUUGUUAUUGUCUGCUCUCAUAGCAACAUAUGGCUUGAUGGCAGCAGUUAUUUUCAGUGUUGUGGUCACGUCUCCUUGGCUGUUUUUAUGUUAAUGUAUAUAUACACUUCAGGUAGUGAUACUAUAUAAAAGUGGUGAGGCUCCAUCACUUCCCUAUACAUAAUAUAUAUAUAUAUAUAUAUGUGUGUAUUAUAUAUAUAUAUACAUAUAUGCAUUAGCCAAUGAACAAAGCCAACCUUAAUUUUAAGGUUCUUGGAGACAGGCACUAGGAAAAGUUGUUAUUACUCGGGGGGAGGAGGGGGGUUAUUGCAGUUAAAAUGUAAACGGAAGGGAUUUGUAGUUUUUGAUGGGAGUACUCCUACCAGAGGACUAUGAAGUAGAGAAGAUACCUGAUAAUGAACACAUCCCUGCUGUGUGAUCACAUUCCCUCAUUGGUGUUUUUAUCCAUCCCUGCCUUGUAGCCUAAAGCAUCUUCACUGUAAUGAAGAGAUGUUAGGAAACUGCUUUGAAACAGAUGAUUGUAGUUUGCAAAAAAAAAAAAAAAUGCCUUGGUGUACAGAUAAUAUA